UAAAAUAUUUUUUCCUGACUCCUGAAUUUGUUGGAACUGUGCAACAAUAUUUGGGGAUCAUACAUUUGUAUGGGUUCAUAGUAAGGAUGUUCAAUACCACUUGUUUUCAGGCUGAUACCAGUACAAGUAUUCACUCCUAAGUACUCACCGAUACCUAUACGACCAGUACUUUUGAUAUAUAAAAUUUCAAUUCACACAAUGACAGAUGAAGGUGAACAAAGAUCUUUCUUUCUGAACCACAUAAUGAUUCACCAAUGUGUCAAAGGUCGCAGUGUAGAGCCAACUACUGCCGAGUAGGACUUUAUGUCAGAUUUUUUUUUUUUUUUUUUGCCUAAAGUAUCUGUAUCUACCCUCUACCUUGAAAUGAGGCCGGUAUCGGUAUUCACCCAUACCUAGUUCAUUCAUAAUAGCCCUCCGAGGUAAACCGUACCUACGAUGUGGCCCACCACAAAAAUGAGUUUGACAUCCCUGUACUAGAUUGUAUUUAGGGGUAUCAGAGGCAGCGAGGCUGAAUACAAAUCCACACCACACUUUUCAGAUUCGUAUUCCCUUAAAAUUCCACAACACAGUCCUGCCCUGUACUUUUUGUUAGGCUAUUACAUAAAAUCCCUACACAAUACAUUCAAGUUUGUGUUUGUAAGGUCACAAAAUGUAAAACAGUUGAAGGGGGUAUGAUUACUUUUUCCAGGCAUUGGAAAUGGCUUAAAAUAAAUCCGUCAAAAUGAACUAUAUCGUAAUUAAAAGAAGCGUGAAAAGCUUUCGGGCGCUUGUGAGUGUUUCGUGACGUCACACGGCGUGUCAUCGAGGGCGGUCCCACUGCGAUCCCGAGUGGGUGUCAGUGGUUCCAUGUUCCCCGGCCGUGAGGAUGUAACCUUGAUGUCUUCCUCCAGUUCCCACUGUCAGCGAAAGACUCGAAGCGCGGAACUCCAGUUGAUGACGCAAGUGACUGUACACUUCUUGGAUUUUAGCAACGCUUUUAUUUUUAUUUUUGGGGGUGGGGUCAUUGCCUACUAUCAUAAGGAAGGGUAAUGAAACUUUACGCCACCUUCUCGUAUACCACAGGAAAUGCGACGUCAUUCAAAGAAGAAACAUGCAGUGUUGCUAUUGCUGCUCCUUGCGGGGGGCUUCUACUUUGUUCGACAUUCAGUCAACACUGACCUGAAAAAGUUAGAGGAGCCAGCAUCAGUGAGCUUAACAUGGAAGGGAGAAAGGAUGGUCAGUAUGGAGUCAUGGGUGGAACAGGGAGACUACCUGCCUCUCAAUGUGACCUAUCAACUACUUGCAGGAGUACCAUCCACUCAAUCUAGGUAUCUAUGUAUUGGACUAUCUUCAGUAAAGAGGAAGAAGGGCAGCUAUCUGAUCCCCACGUUAGUGUCCCUCUUCUCCCAGUCGUCUCAUGAAGAGCGCUCCUCCAUGGUGGUUGUAGUCCUGCUCGCAGAUUUUGAUGUCAGCUGGCGAAAGACCACAGUGACCAAACUCAAAUCAGAAUUCUCCUCCGCGCUAGAGCAAGGUCAUCUGUUGGUCAUUCACGUCACUGAGGAAUGGUAUCCACCCACUGCAGGUCUAAAGAGGAACUACAAUGAUUCUCCAGAAAGAGUAUCGUUCCGUUCCAAGCAAAACCUGGAUUAUGCUUUCCUUGUGCACUACAGCUCAGGCCUCGGCAGAUACUACCUUCAGCUCGAGGACGACGUGUCCUCCGCAAAGAACUUUCCCACAACCAUAAAGAAGUGCAUUGAAGAGCAAGAAGCCAAAAAGACAACCUGGGCAAUGCUGGAGUUCUCCAGCCUUGGCUACAUCGGAAAACUCUACCAGUCGGCUCACCUCCCUCUGCUGGCACGUUUUCUCUUCCUCUUCUAUCAAGAAAUGCCCUGCGACUGGUUGAUGUCUCACUUUCGACUGCUUCUGACUCAGAAGGAGCCCAUCCUGUUCAAGCCUUCACUAUUCCAGCACAUAGGGACUUUUUCCUCAUUCCAAGGGACUUAUAACAAACUAAAAGACAAGGACUUUGAGGCGAGUGUCUACUCCAAUCCUCCAGCUGAGGUUUUCUCAGACAUGUCUACCUAUAAGAAACACUUUCCCAAACUGGCCUGGGAUGCUGGGGAAGGAUUCUUCUGGGGCAGCUCUCCAGAGAAAGGCAAUUAUUUGACUGUGGUAUUCACAGACCCCAGCGUUGUGACGGGAAUAACUGUAGAGACUGGGACAGAGGGGAAAGACAUCCUGGCCUCAGCACAAGUGGAAAUUGGACACAAUGUGAUCACCACUACAAAAGAGAAGAAAACUUGCAAGGAUUUCCAUAUAUUGGGGUUCAUAGAGAAUGGUUGCUUUGCGAUGCAGGAGGUGGACAAAAACUAUGGCUCUGCCUCUUCGUGUUUGAGGAUACAAGUCACAGCUGGGCAGAAGGAGUGGGUCAUCAUUAGGAAAAUCAGGAUCUCAACAUAACCCAGCUCACCUCCAUAGCAAGUACUUAUGUGAAUCGGUGUUUCCUCUCAAGGUAGAUCAAUGGUUUGCAACCCCUUGGGGGCGAGGCACCAGAGAACAGUAGGUUGGAAAAAGAUCGUACAAUAAGCAGCUCUGUGCAUGGCACACACUAAAUGAUUGUCUUUUUUAAUUGAAGUAAAAUUUCACGAAUACAUUUCAAUUAGUUGUUAAAUUCAGACUAUUUUCGUACGGCUAUAAUAUGUUGUGCGUUGCCCUGUGGGGAUUGUUGGGCUCAGUAUAAAAUAUAUUUUUAAACUCCCUUAGUGGAAUUGUUUCACUGCAAGUGUUAAGAUUUUUGAAAUGCGAAUGUUAAGAUGGUUCAAUGUUUUUUUGUUUUUGUUUUGUUUUGUUAAAAUUACAGAACAAUAUAUAUCUUAAAACUUUGAUUAACUGGCAACAAGUCCAGGGUGUGAAGCCUGAAGUCAGUUGGGAUAGGCCCUAGCACUCCUGCGAGCCUAAUGAGGACAAGCGCUAUAGAAAAUGAAUGGAUGGAUAUAUUUUUAACUUAAAUACCCACAACAUUUUAGUGCCUAAUUGGACACAAUGGUUUCCAUUCCCAACACCACUUAUCCUGUUCAGGGUCGCGGGAUGUCUAUUCCAGCAGACAUCGGGCGAAAGGCAGACUACACACUGAACUGAUCGCCAGUCUCUCGCAGGGCACAUAUACAGUGGGUACGGAAAAUAUUCAGACACCGUUAAAUUUGUAACUCUUAAUUAUAUUAAAGCCAUUUGCUAAAAUCAUUUAAGUUAUUUCCCCCCCUCAUUAAUGUACACACAGCACUCCAUAUUGACAGAAAAAAACAGAAUUGUUGAAUUUUUUUCAGAUUUAUUAAAAAAGAAAAACUGAAAUAUCCCACAGACACUGUGACACUCAUAUUUAACUCGGGUGCUGUCCAUUUCUUCUGAUCAUGCUUGAGAUGGUUCUACACCUUCAUUGGAGUCCAGCUGUGUUUGAUUAUACUGACUGGACUUGAUUAGGAAAGCCACACACCUGUCUAUAUAAGACCUUACAGCUCACAGUGCAUGUAAGAGCAAAUGAGAAUCAUGAGGUCAAAGGAACUUCCUGAAGAGCUCAGACAGAAUUGUGGCAAGGCACAGAUCUGGGCAAGGUUACAAAAAAAAAAAAUCUGCUGCACUUAAGGUUCCUAAAAGCACAGUGGCCUCCAUAAUCCUUAAAUGGAAGACGUUUGGGAUGACCACAAGCCUUCCUCAAGCUGGCCAUGCGGCCAAACUGAGCAAUUGGGGGAGAAGAGCCUUGGUGAGAGAGGUAAAGAAGAACCCAAAGAUCACUGUGGCUGAGCUCCUGAGAUGCAGUCGGGAGAUGGGAGAAAGUUCUAGAAAGUCAACCAUCACUGCAGCCCUCCACCAGUCGGGGCUGUAUGGCAGAGUGGCUCGACGGAAGCCUCUCCUCAGUGCAAGCCCGUAUGGAGUUUGGUUAAAAAAAACACCUGAAGGACUCCAAGAUGGUGAGAAAUAAGAUUCUCUGGUUUGAUGAGACCAAGAUAGAACUUUUUGGCCUUAAUUCUAAGCAGUAUGUGUCAAGAAAAAAAGGCACUGCUCAUCACCUGUCCAAUACAGUCCCAACAGUGAAGCGUGGUGGCAGCAUCAUGCUGUGGGGGUGUUUUUCAGCUGCAAGGACAGGAUGACUGGUUGCAAUCGAAGGAAAGAUGAAUGCGGCCAAGUAUAGGGAUAUCCUGGACGGAAACCUUCUGCAGAGUUACUAGGACCUCAGACUGGACUGAAGGGUCGCCUACCAACAAGAUCAUGACCCGAAGCAUACAGAUCAAAUAAUGAAGUAGUGGCUUCAGAACAACUCCAUGACUGCUCUUGAAUAACCCAGCCAGAGUCCUAACUUAAACCCAAUUGAGCAUCUCUGGAGAGACCUGAAAACGGCUGUCCACCAACGUUCACUCAUGGCUGUAUUAGCUCAAAAGGGUGCUUCUUCUAAAUACUGAGCAAAGGGUCUGAAUAUUUAUGGCUGUGUGAUAUUUCAGUUUUUCUUUUUUUAAUAAAUCUGUCAAAAAUUCAACACUUUUUCAACUUUUUUCUGUCAAUAUUGGGGUGCUGUGUGUACAUUAAUGCGGAAAAAAAAUUACUUAAAUGAUUUUAGCAAAUAGCUCCAAUACAGCAAAGAGUGAAAAAUUUAAGGGAGUCUGAAUACUUUCCGUACCCACUGGACAUACCGGUUUUGGAGCAACAUAUGCUGCCAUCCAAGUAACGUCUUUUUCAGAGACAUCCCUGCUUAUUUCAGCUAGACAAUGACAAGACACAUUCUGCACAUGUUACGACAGCCUGGCUUUGUAGUAAAAGAGUGCGAGUACUAGACUGUCCUGCCAGCAGUCCAGACCUGUCUCCCAUUGAAAAUGUGUGCAGGCGCAUUGUGAAGCGCAAAAUACGACAACGGAGACCCCGGACUGUUGAGCAACUGAAGUUGUACAUCAAGCAAGAAUGGGAAAGAAUUGCACCUACAAAGCUUCAACAUUUUGUGCUCUUAUUGAGUGUUGUUAAAAGGAAAGGUGAUGUAACACAGUGGUAAACAUGCCCCUGUACCAGCUUUUUUGGAAUGAGUGAAUAUUUGAAAAAAAAACAAUAGUUUAUCAGUUUGAACAUUUUUAUAUUAUAUAUUAAUUGAAUAAACUUUGUAGUGUGUUCAAUUGUAUAUAA